AUGGAUCUUGCUGACGUCGCCGAGCUGCCCAGCGAGCUGCGCUACAUCCAAUACGAGCAUGGCCUCGAGGCGCAAUAUCUCCCCGCCAUCCGGGCGCUCAUUUCCAAGGACCUGAGCGAGCCGUACAGCAUAUACGUAUACCGAUACUUUCUCUAUCAGUGGGGGCAUCUAUGUUUCAUGGCUCUGAACCCCGCCGAUUCAUCCUUGAUAGGCGUCAUCGUCUGCAAGUUAGAAACACACUCGUCCCAUUCCCCACCAACCCGGCGAGGCUACAUCGCAAUGCUGGCUGUAUCGUCAGCCUUCCGUGGCCGCGGGGUGGCCACGGCGCUUGUCAAGAAGGCCAUCGAUGCCAUGGCGCAUAGGAACGCUGACGAGGUGGUCCUCGAGACGGAGGAGACCAACGUCCCAGCGAUGAGGUUGUACGAGCGGCUAGGGUUUCUACGCUCGAAGAAACUCCACCGGUACUAUCUGAACGGGAACAGCGCAUAUCGGCUCGUGUUAUUGCUGAAGUCGAUCGAUCCAGAAGCCGCAAGCGAUCUUGCCCUUGAUGAGAACGAGCGGUAG